AUGGAGCAGCCCAGGGACUUCUUACACCUGAGAAAGACUGCAGAACAGCACACCAAAGGUGGAAAUCCAAGUCAAACACAGAUGGACAGAAGGACAGCCUCACUGAGCAACGAAGAGUGUCAGUUGUACCCAAGGUAGUAGCAUUUGCAAAUACAUGCGGGAAAUUUUCAGGUGGAACUGAGACAGGCAUUCUUAGCUGAGACACCAAGAGGUGGUUAA